AUGAUUACGUCUGUGUCUAAAUCAGUGAGAUUUUCUCGAUUGAGCUUCUUCUCAACCUUUCGCGUCUUGUCUGCUAUCUCUUCACAAUCCAAGAAUUUAUGCGCGUGUAGAAGGACACAGAGCACUUAUGCUUCGCCGACUGCUGAAAACUCAGAAUAUGCAUUUGACGACCAUAUUCCGGAUGACACAAAGGUGACAGCGAAAGAUGCCGCGCUGCGUAUGGCUUUGUCGAAGCUUUCGGGUGAAUUUGGUAAAGAAUCGAUGCUCUCUUUGCAGCGAUUCUUUGGUGCCAGACGGGCCUCCGUAGUACCGACGGGCUCGUUGAGGCUGGAUCAGGCCCUUGGUAUUGGUGGAUUGCCAAAGGGAAGAAUGGUUGAAAUUUAUGGUCAGGAAGCAUCCGGGAAGACAACAUUGGCACUUCAUGUUAUUAGGGAGGCUCAAAAACUUGGAGGUGGGUACUGUGCCUAUCUUGAUGUGGAGAAUGCAAUGUGCCCUUCCCUUGCUGAAGCAAUAGGUGUCAACACGGACAAUCUCCUUAUUUCACAGCCAGAUUCUGCUGAAAACUUACUUAGUGUGGUAGAUACAUUGACAAAAAGUGGAUCGAUUUCUGUAAUUGUUGUUGACAGUGUAGCCGCACUUGUUCCCCAAUGUGAAGCCGACACAUUGGAAUAUGGCUCUUUUAUGGACUUACAAUCGAAAAUAAUGACACAAGCCCUACGGAAAAUACAUUAUAAUCUAUGCAAUUCUGAUACUCUCAUUAUUUUCAUCAACCAGGUGAGAAAAAAGUUGAAAGUGGUUGAAGGAUCUGUUCAUGCGGAAGAAGUCACGUGUGGAGGAAAUGCCUUGAAAUUUUACGCUGCUAUACGGCUACGAAUUAGCAGGAAGGAACUGAUAAAGGCAGCAGAUGAUAAGGCAAGCCUAAUGAGUGCUAUGGGACUCGGGAUCUGUGUGCAAGUUGUGAAAAACAAGUUAGCUCCUCCAAUGGAGAAAGCGGAAUUAAAUAUACGGUUCGGAAAAGGAAUCGCUCGGGCAUCAGAGGCAUUGGAUUUGGCCUGCGAGCAUGGGGUCAUCGUGAGAGAUGGAGACAGAUAUUCUAUAAAAGGGAAAAUCAUGCACAGUCGAGAGGAAGUUUUAAGGUAUCUGGCGCUAAACGAGAAAGCUCUGGACGACAUUGUGAAAACUUUAAGGUGUCAUUUGUUUGAGAGGCAAAUGGGCUAA